AAUGAGCUGUUUGCAUUGUUUGUUGAAAUAAAUUCUAUGCAAUCUGAUGUAGCUCAUGGAAUGGAUGUUUCUUUUGUAUUAUAUGUUUUGUUGAGUUGAUGUUUAAAUGGCUGCCGGUCCACAGUUAUGGAGCUUUGACUUGAAGGGUUAUGGCUGUUCUAGUAAAUGUCAUUCAAUCUCAAACUUACAAUAAGAAAGUUCUCUCUCUCUCUAUGGUUGUGACAGACCACUUGUAGCCCCUCUGCUGGCCAGACCUGGUAUCUGAUACGUGAGUUCAGAUCCAGGAAGUGAAAUGUUAUAUGGGUUAGUGGGAGCCACUCCUAAGCCUACUCCUCAGCACAAUUGGAAACGAAACUCAUCUCUUCAGCUCAGUCUGCUUGCGUUUCAAAAUGGCAGAAGCCAUGGACUCAAUCAGUUGUUCAAUCUGUUUGGAGAUACUGAAGUAUCCAGUGACUAUUCCCUGUGGACACAGCUACUGUAUGGACUGUAUUAAAUGCUGUUGGGAUCAGAAGCUUGUCUGCAGCUGCCCCCAGUGCAGACAGAUCUUCCCUACAAGGCCUGUUCUGAACAAAAACACUGUCAUUGCAGAAUUGGUGGAAACACUGACAGAAAUAAAUAUGAAGAAUAUACAGGAGGUGAGACUUAAGGCAGCAGUGGAGGACAGUGAGGGGCUGUCAAAGAUGAAGGUUGUUUCACCUCCUGAACCCAAUACCAGAGAGGAGUUCUUGAAAUAUUCCUGCCAGCUCACAUUGGACCCCAACACAGCUAAUAGAUAUCUGCGUCUGUCUGAGGGGAACAGGAAGGUGACCAGGAGUGAAAACGCUGAGUCCUAUCUUCACCAUCCAGACAGAUUUAACUUCUACUGCCAGCUGUUGUGUAAAGAAGCUUUGUCUGGAACCUGCUACUGGGAGGUAGAAAGGAGUGGAAGCAAGUGUAAAGUUGCCGUGUCUUAUAAAGGGAUCUGCAGGAGAGGAGAUGGAGUGGAUGUUAGCUUUGGACGAAAUUAUCAGUCCUGGACUUUGGUCUGUGAUCCGUCUAUCUGCUAUUUCAGGCACAAUAAUAUCAAUACUGAUAUCCCUACCCCCUGCUCCUCCAGAGUAGGAGUCUACCUGGACCACAAGGCAGGAACUCUGUCCUUCUACAGUGUCUCUGACAAGAUGACCCUCCUCCACAGAGUCCAGACCACAUUCACUCAGCCCCUCUACCCUGGAUUCUGGGUUGGUCCUGGUUAUGGAUCAUCUGUGAAGAUACUGACACCAAUAUAGUAAAUUAACAAAGUUUUAUCUACACUCAUUGACUUUCAGUGUGUUCAUAAGCAUCGUAAAAUCUUUUUCAGCCUGACACAAUAACAUAAUACCUUUAUGAAAACAGUAAUACAAUCUACAAGUGAGUGCAUCUGUGCACUAUUCAGAGGAUGCAGUCCAUUUCAAUGAAAGGGAUUUAAUCUGUUAGACAUCAGCUUUGCACAAGCUCCAUUGACAAUGAGCUGUUUGCAUUGUUUGUUGAAAUAAAUUCUAUGCAAUCUGAUGUAGCUCAUGGAAUGGAUGUUUCUUUUGUAUUAUAUGUUUUGUUGAUGUUUAAAUGUCUUCCGGUCCACAGUUAUGGAGCUUUGACUUGAAGGGUUAUGGCUGUUCUAGUAAAUGUCAUUCAAUCUCAAACUUACAAUAAGAAAGUUCUCUCUCUCUCUAUGGUUGUGACAGACCACUUGUAGCCCCUCUGCUGGCCAGACCUGGUAUCUGAUACGUGAGUUCAGAUCCAGGAAGUGAAAUGUUAUAUGGGUUAGUGGGAGCCACUCCUAAGCCUACUCCUCAGCACAAUUGGAAACGAAACUCAUCUCUUCAGCUCAGUCUGCUUGCGUUUCAAAAUGGCAGAAGCCAUGGACUCAAUCAGUUGUUCAAUCUGUUUGGAGAUACUGAAGGAUCCAGUGACUAUUCCCUGUGGACACAGCUACUGUAUGGACUGUAUUAAAUGCUGUUGGGAUCAGAAGCUUGUCUGCAGCUGCCCCCAGUGCAGACAGAUCUUCCCUACAAGGCCUGUUCUGAAAAAAAACACUGUCAUUGCAGAAUUGGUGGAAACACUGACAGAAAUAGAUACGAAGAAGAUUCAGGUGAAACUUAAGGCAGCAGUGGAGGACAGUGAGGGGCUGUCAAAGAUGAAGGUUGUUUCACCUCCUGAACCCAAUACCAGAGAGGAGUUCUUGAAAUAUUCCUGCCAGCUCACAUUGGACCCCAACACAGCUAAUAGAUAUCUGCGUCUGUCUGAGGGGAACAGGAAGGUGACCAGGAGUGAAAACGCUGAGUCCUAUCUUCACCAUCCAGACAGAUUUAACUUCUACUGCCAGCUGUUGUGUAAAGAAGCUUUGUCUGGAACCUGCUACUGGGAGGUAGAAAGGAGUGGAAGCAAGUGUAAAGUUGCCGUGUCUUAUAAAGGGAUCUGCAGGAGAGGAGAUGGAGUGGAUGUUAGCUUUGGACGAAAUUAUCAGUCCUGGACUUUGGUCUGUGAUCCGUCUAUCUGCUAUUUCAGGCACAAUAAUAUCAAUACUGAUAUCCCUACCCCCUGCUCCUCCAGAGUAGGAGUCUACCUGGACCACAAGGCAGGAACUCUGUCCUUCUACAGUGUCUCUGACAAGAUGACCCUCCUCCACAGAGUCCAGACCACAUUCACUCAGCCCCUCUACCCUGGAUACUGGGUUGGUCCUGGUUAUGGAUCAUCUGUGAAGAUACUGACACCAAUAUAGUAAAUUAACAAAGUUUUAUCUACACUCAUUGACUUUCAGUGUGUUCAUAAGCAUCGUAAAAUCUUUUUCAGCCUGACACAGUAACAUAAUACCUUUAUGAAAACAGUAAUACAAUCUACAAGUGAGUGCAUCUGUGCACUAUUCAGAGGAUGCAGUCCAUUUCAAUGAAAGGGAUUUAAUCUGUUAGACAUCAGCUUUGCACAAGCUCCAUUGACAAUGAGCUGUUUGCAUUGUUUGUUGAAAUAAAUUCUAUGCAAUCUGAUGUA